AUGGAACUGCCGGACCAAUGUGAGAAGAAGAUGGAGUGUGAGGAAAGGAAUAGGUCAACUGACAACCCGUCAAGCAGAGGCUACUAUUUGGAUAGUAGAAAGCCUUCAUACGACUCUGGAUCCCCCAAAAUAUGUUUGGUCGGGGAACACCUUGAUGCAUUGGCCUAUAUAUCAUGGUUUGUCAAGUUUGUUGACCCUGCGGCUGAUAAAGGUCCAGUAAAGUCCAAGGCCUUACCCAGGGCAUUCAUGAAACACGUCUAG